CAAUCUAUCCAUCAGAGGUAAGAAGAAAUAAAUAGGGUCGCACAGCAGCCGCUGCUUAUUCGUUCAGCGACUGCUUGUUUCGUAUUUUGACCGCACGUAAAUUUGUGUCGGACRAUGUAUCACAUGCAUGCGGGCAAGUCUGCUCCUUCUGGGGGUCGAGCGCCUUGUGAGAGUGAUGGCCGAUACUCUGUAUUUGCGUUUGCUACGGCCGUCUCGAGAAAGACGCAUACCAUACGUACCAUCGCAUCGCUAGGCAAAGAAACGAGUUUGUUUUGUUGCUGCUUUCUCCCUGCGUUAUUUGUUCUUGGUUUUUCUUCUGAACACGAACGAACGAACGGCUUUUUUGAUUUGAUUGAUUCGAACGAGUCGAAGACUUUGUUGCUUGAGCGACGGAGGAGAUGCACGCGCGCAUCCACCGAACCACUUGUGUCGCACAUUUCCUACUCGCCGGAGAGCACCUCGUAAAAUAUCRCCGGUAUGAGAAACCAUACACGUGCCGAUUUACAUCACUCCAAUUUACAUAACUCCAAAUGGCCUACGGUCUGGGCGCUAAUGGCAGGUAUAUGGGGUUGGGGUUGGGUACCGGCCGGUAUGAUAAAUGUUGAUUUCUUAAACAAUCGAUCGUUCAUUUAUGUUUCCUCUGUCCCUCCAAUUCUGCAUACCASGUUCGCUCGUUUGAACUAGCGUUUUGAACCGCCGUUUUUGCUGUCCAGAUCGUGCAAAGUGACCUACUAAAUUUGUGCACUUCGUARUGCUACUAAAAAAAUAUUGAGAGUCGCACCGUACUCUUCAAGAAUUUGUCCUUCCUUCCAGGGCACUUCGUACUUGUACCCUACCGACCCAUAGGGGAUCAGCACAACAUUUCCACCUUCUCUGUAGGCAUCGGCUCACAAGCUUGUUGCCUUCCUGCUUUGUCCCUUGGACGUCUUUUCGAAGAAACUGGCACCGUGCCGUUUUGACUGUUGUAAACGACGUACAACGCUCUCUUCAAUAAAUAAUAAUAAUAGCACCAACAAACUAUUAAUAGUCAAUCAACGAUUCGAUUCGGUUGGCAUGGGUGACCAGAACGAGGAUUUUGAUCUCAGCGUACUACGAGGGACGUCGGCAACGUUUGAGAACAAGGUCAUGGGGAGAAAUGAAGACGAUGAUCUAAACGCACUGGCGGAGCUCGUCCCAGACCUGAAGAACAGGAAAAAGGAACCCACCACKAGCAUGCUGAUGGACGAGCAGCCAUCGUCCGGAGAGGGAAUUGAMACGCCCGAGAUGGUGAAACCACCCGAUCUUUCCCCCGAAACUGAAAACGCUGUGGAUCCCAAAAASAAGGACUCGUUUGUCAGGGAAGACGACUCAUCUUCGGACGACAUCAACGAUGUUUUGUACGCMGGMGAUGACGUAUAUAUGGAAGAGAACCACAGCUCCGGGGAAGAUGGAAACGACAAACAUCUCGGAAGGGACCCCCCUCSCACCAGCGCUGCCAAUCCCAGCAAUGCCAACGAUGCUCUGGGACUCGGGGACUUYAAYAACAUUUCCUCUGGCCAGUCCCUKUCUACGGCGACACAGACGCAGGAGGUCCGGAUGCCAAUGUACCUGCCCACCUUUAAGCCCGCCACCGGGUGCACCAACGCGUCGGACUUUAUCGUGCGUUGCUUUGUGGCGCGGCUGCGAUCGGGCAUCACCGUCGUGAAGCACGGGCGAUCGCGGUGGUGCAAGUCGCGAUUACGCGUCCUGCACAUCCACCCCGAUGGGCGGUCCCUGAGCUGGAAGCCGGCUCCCGGCGAGCCGCACAGCCCCAAGCGCCCUCCGAAGCUGGACCUGACCACCUGUGAAGAGGUCCGCCACGCGUGGAGCCCCGACCCGCAGAAYCCCAUGUACACCGGAACACCGAUCCUGAGGCAAAAGUGCGAGGCUGCGAAUGCCCACAAGUCCUUUGCCCUGAUCUUCCCGAAGAGGACGGUGGACAUUACCUCGGUGACGGCGGACCAGUGCAAGGUUCUGAUGGAAGGYUUUUCGGCGCUGUGCUUCCGGCUGCAGGUWGCAAACCUUGCCGGMAAGGGCAGCAAGAAGGGGAUGCCGGAAGCAGAGCAAGAKGAUCGCAUCUCGAUCACGGCGUCCACGACUCCUUCCAAUCGACGCGGYYAGUGMGUGAGCGAUASGAAUGGACCGAACUAUUUUUCCGUUUUAUGAUUCAUUCAGCGCGCGAAUUUCUAGGUUGGUUCGUGCAUCAUGGAGUAUGCUUGGUUUCAAUAAACGUAUUGGGAAACG